CUGGGGAAGGGUCCCCGCCGCCCCCCUCCGCCCUUACGACUUACCCAGGAGGAGGGACGCAACGAGCAGGAGCCGCCCCAGCCAAGCCGGCAGCCUCAUCGCCGCUUUCCCGAGCAACUCGAGGGAAAGCGAAAGAAAGGGUGGAAGGAACCACAAGGAGGUCACCCACCACACUCAAGAAAGGCUAAGGUCUUCCUACUGAACUGCUUCAUGUUGUAGAAGAUGAUUAGGGCUUCACAGCACAGGCUGGCUGAUCAUUAACAGAGCCAAGCUGAUCGAGCAACCCACCACGGCUGUUUUUCCCUGGACAAUCCUUGUACUUGUAGUGGACUAACAGGAAGAUGGCCGAGGAUCCGAAGAGAAAGCUGCUCAUUGUUCUUGCUGUCCUCUUGCUGCUCAGCUCAGCACAAGCAGGGAAUACAGACAGACUCUCAGAGCAUCACUGCACUGACUUCCAGACAGCAAAUUUCCUACGGGGCAGUAAACUUAAGGUCCAGUUUCUCCUGUUCACCUCCUCAAGCCCCAGCUGUGGGGAGCUGAUUUUAACUGAUGAUGGCAUCAAGGACUCCAGCUUCAACAGCAGCCUGGAAACCAAGAUCAUAAUCCAUGGCUUCAGGGCUUUGGGCACCAAACCUUCCUGGAUUGAAGGGCUUGUCCAUGCCAUACUGCACACAAGCCAGGUGAAUGUGAUUGCAGUAGACUGGGUUUAUGGAUCGACAGGAGCCUAUCCCUCCGCAGUGGAAAAUGUCACACAGCUGGCCCUCUCCAUCUCACAAUUCAUCAGCAAGCUCCUGGCCCUGGGAGUUUCGGGGACAUCCAUCCACAUCAUUGGGGUGAGCCUCGGUGCGCAUGUUGGUGGCCUGGUGGGGCACUUCCAUGGCGGUCAGCUGGGACGGAUAACAGGCCUGGAUCCCGCAGGCCCUAAGUACACCAGAGCCAGCCCUGAGGAACGCCUGGAUCCUGGGGAUGCCCUCUUCGUGGAGGCCAUUCAUACCGAUGCUGACAAUUUCGGGAUCCGGAUUCCUGUAGGCCACAUUGAUUAUUACAUCAAUGGAGGCAAAGAUCAGCCAGGAUGCCCCCGAUUCAUCUCUGCAGGCUAUAAAUAUCUGAUCUGUGAUCACAUGAGGGCCGUACAUCUCUAUGUCAGUGCCUUGAAACAUUCCUGUCCGAUGGUGGCGUUCCCUUGUGCAAGUCAUCAAGAUUUUUUAAAUGGACAUUGCCUGGACUGCGUUGACCCCUUCCUGUUCUCCUGUCCCAGAAUAGGCCUGCUGAAGCAGGCAGGUGUCAACAUGAAGAAUCUGCCCAAGGAAGUGAAAGUUUAUUUAAUGACUAGCCCCUCAGCCCCAUUCUGUGUCCAUCACAGCCUGGUUGAGUUCCGCUUGCAGAAGAAACGAAACAUAGUCACCAGCAUUGAGAUCGCUUUCUGCAGCAACAGCACCAAGGACACAGCGAAGAUCACCAUACCUAAGCAUCAUGUGAUGGGCAAACGGCUGCUGGCCCACAGAGUUCCCUUCUGCCAGAUAAACAGUGUCACACUGAAGUAUCUUCCCAAGAGUCAGUUUUGGAGGAAGGAUGAGUCAUCCAUCGUUGGCAAGUUCUGUGCAGCCCCGCUGCCUCUUGAUAGCAACAGGACAAUGUCAUGCCUACCCUGGAACAUCACCCUCCACGGCAACACAGACAUCUCCUACAAGCUGCCUACCGCUUGUGCCUAGCACUGCCUUCGGAGCACGCGAGCAUACCCAAAACUGGAAAGGAGUCCUAAACCUAUUGCUGCUCUCUGCUCACAGACAAUACAUUCACCAUAAAACUGGAUGGGUUAUUUACCUCCUGCAUUAGGGCCAGGAUGUCAAGGAAAAGAAGUGUGUGGCAGACUGGUGAGUACAAGGUUGACGGCUUACAGCAAGACGUCUCAGUUAAAGGACUGGAUUGGGACUUUUAUGUCACGGGUUCAGUACCCAGCUCUGAAAGUGAGACAGGCAAGUUAUUUAAUCUCAAGGUUUGGAUCUGUAUGAAAGAAGGAGAUAAUAUCACUCUUCCUACAACAGGAGUAUUGGGAUGAUUCAUUUGUGUUUUAUAUUAAAGUGUCCUGAGAUCUUCAUAUUAAAGGUGAGAGGUAUUAUUUUUCCACAGCAAGGGGAAAGGGUAUGGUUCAGGUUUGGCACAGGAAGGAGUCAUUCUUAACCAGCACUCAAAUGUGAAACUCACUAGUUCCAUCUACAAGAUACUUUCAGAGUGAGACCCUAUUGAUUUCAUGUUAGCGCCGCUGCUAAGUAAUCAGAAUUAAUCUCCUUCCUGUGACAGGCCCGGAGCAGCUCUUCUGGCCGCUGGCUUGUCCUCUUUGAAGCUCACAUGAAGUGAAACAGACACCGGGAGCAUGGCAGUGCUCUUGCAUCCCAUUUUGCACUGCUUUGAACAACUGCCCAGAAUAGAAAGUAAUAGGAAGGAGAAUGGAGCAUCGAUGCCACAGGGUCACCUAACACACAUUAGUCCCAGGAACUCAGAACAACCUUUCAGGCCUGGAAAAGCAGCUGAGGUUUGGAAAGAAUUGGUGGAAGUUACAAUAUGAGAGACAAGUACAUAGAAACAUCACUCACCCAUCCACAACUUUUCCACCACCUUGAUGCAUAUGCAAAUUAAAGAGGACAAAGUCUUACAUUACUUCUGCCCACAAACCACUUCUUCUGUAGACCAUUUUCUCUGGUUCCCUGGACUGGCUUCACUGGAUGAUAGAGAAGUGCACCAAGAACAUCACGGUCAGGAGAGAGGUACACGCUAAAGGCAUUUCUGUCAUGAGGAAGCCUCAGUCACUUCACAUGAGCUGUCACUACUGCUCCACUAGACAGUGUCACUGCAGAGUUAGCUCCUGCUUUCAGCUCGUGCCCAAGUUUUUGGGCCCUGACAUGUGUCUGUUUGGAAGGCCAGCUAACAAACCCCAUCUCAGCAUACACUUAGGAGAGGGUCAGAGCUGAGCUCUGACAACCUGACAGAGAUCCAUGACUGAAGAGUUUCCAGGGAGCUUCCUGUUGGAGACUGGAAUAUAACGCCAGAAGGCAUCUAUGAAGGGUGGUGUGUGUAAUUCAGCCCAACCCAGUCCACUACUUCAGGGAGGUGUAUAAAGCACCACAACAGACGCAGUUUCAUUGUGCAUUUCGGUUCCUUUGCAGAAGGGACCCCAGCAGCUCUCGUGCUAAAUUUGCUGGAGGCAUUUCCUAGCCGUGAAGGGCAGUGAGGUCAGGCUGAAGCAAGAAUGCAGCAACAGAGCAUGGUGACAGCCCUUAGCAGGGUGGUCCCUAAGCCUGGGGCAGCCCCAUUCUCCUGCCCUGGGGUAACGGCAAAGGCAAGUAGCACGAGGAGCAGUGUACUCCAUGGAUCCCACAGACCCACCACUUCAGAGACCUCUCCAGACCUCAGCAAGAGUGCCAGAUCCUGAGGGUGCAGAUCUUGAACAGCUGAGGCUUGCAAAACAUGCCAAACCGGUCUCUUGGCCACAGCCCCUGUGUAAGCAGCACAAGACAGGUAGGGCCGCCUCCACCAGCCUAGGGCUGACACAGAGCCAGACCUACACGUAGGAUGGCCAUGCCCCUGUGUGUC